GGUCCCGGCCACGCCCCGCCCUGCCAGUGGCCAAGGGCGCGGCACCUCCAAUUCACUGCAAAGCUGCGGUCUGCACCAGGGCUGCACCAGCCGAGCGAAGGUGAUCCUGAGCCAACAUGGCCGUCCUCUCCAAGGAAUAUGGUUUUGUGGUUCUAACCGGUGCCGCCAGCUUUAUCAUGGUAGCCCAUCUAGCCAUCAACGUUGCCAAGGCCCGAAAGAAGUACAAAGUGGAGUAUCCAAUCAUGUACAGCGCGGACCCUGAAAACGGGCACCUUUUCAACUGCAUUCAGCGCGCCCACCAGAACACGUUGGAAGUGUAUCCUCCCUUCUUAUUUUUCCUAGCUGUUGGAGGUGUUUACCACCCGCGUGUAGCUUCUGGCCUGGGCUUGGCCUGGAUCGUGGGGCGCGUUCUUUAUGCCUAUGGUUACUACACGGGAGAACCCAGCAAGCGGAGUCGGGGUGCCAUCGGCUCCAUCGCCCUCCUCGGCCUGCUGGGCACAACCGUGUGCUCUGCCUUCCAGCAUCUCGGUUGGGUGAAAACCGGCCUGGGCGGGGCGUCCAAAUGCUGCCAUUGAAGAAUUCUAGGCUGUUUACAACCUCUUGUUCAUUUUGAGUGACUUGCUUUUAUUUUCAGUUACUUUUUUUUUUUUUCUAAAUAUAAUAAAGACUUACCUGGCAUUAGCCUCAUACCUAA